UGGUGCCGUCAGGAAGAAUUUAUCUUGGGACCACAACAGACAUUAUAAACGCUUUAAUAAUGUCACACAUUGUCAUUGUUGCACAACGUGUUUAUUUGUAGAUCAUAGUCGAAUAGUUUUGGUUUGAAAAUGAAAGACGAGAGCGAUAAGAGGCAGGGAAUGAAAUUCUUGGGAAUUCUUGAUAUUCAGAAUACUCCAUGUGCUCGAGAAUCUAUUUUACAUGGUGCAGGGGGAUCAGUAGUGGCAGGAUUGAUCCACUUUUUGGCAACAAGCCGUGUAAAGAGGUCAUUUGAUGUUGGUGUUGCAGGAUUCAUGCUUUCAACAUUGGGAUCAUGGCUCUACUGCAGAUAUGAUAAUGCCAAGCUACGAGUUCAACAGAGGGUCAUUCAGGAUGGCAUAAAGAAUAAAGUAAUUUAUGAAGGGACAACUUUAGAUCCCACACGUAAAACAAGAGGAGAUGCAUAAUUUGAUUGUCUCAACUGUCCAUAUAAAUAUUUAUAGUCAUAUAUUGUCUGUAAAGUGAAUGCUGAUUUUAUUAAUUCUCUGAUUAUAUGACUGUUUUAUGUAAAUAGACCAUUUAUUUGAUUGUCUUUUUGUGGGUGUAUUUUGUGAGGAUGAAAUGUUUUUGGAACAGUACUUCAAAAGUUUUCUUUUAAUAUUUUUCCCACAUUUUAAAAUAAAAGAAAACUCAUGUAACACAUGUAUUUAAGAAAAUUAUGUUUUGCCAAAAAAAAAAAUGAAUCAAACCAGUUAAACAGUUCUAACAUUUUCAAACUAUCACCCUUGCCUAGAAUUCGCAAGCAUUAACUCUUGGCAUUUUAACAGUAAAAUUAUUGGGAUGCGUAAAUUAUUUGGAAAUUAUUUGGAAAUAACGUAUCCAAAAAAGUUUCAGUGGUUCAUCCACUCAAAACAGUGUGAAUGGCACUUUCACAUUCGCUUUGCAGCCCUCUAUCGGCCAAAACCGCACUAAAGAAGUUUCCAACCGUCGGGUAGUGGUCCUGUAGUUCGAGUGAAAACUACAAAAAUUUGCUUUACGGCAGACCUACAAUCCAAUCAGAGCUAGCUAUGCUGCAGUAUUUACGACAGUGGUAAUGAACAAUUACACUUCUUACCUGUAGGGGGAGCAAAGAGCAAUAAGUCUUUAGUGUUGCUUUAAGCAUAUACCUUUAGAUAAAAAAUAAGAUCAUGAGAAACAAGUGAAAUGUCUUAAAAUUUAAACUGUAGUGAACAGUGUUGUAUUCGAGACCAGCUCAUUCGAGUCCGAGUCAAGACCGAGUCCAGAGAGCGUUGAGUCCGAGUCAAGGCAGAGACCAGAAGAGGUCGAGUCGGAGUCAAGACCGAGUCCACAUAAAGUUGGGUCUGAGAAAAGACCUGAGGUCAUAGUCUGUGCUACGGCAUUUCUGAUCUCACUCAAUUCAUGUUUUGUUAAAAAUGUCAAAGUCACCCUCAGUUUAAUGAUUUUGAAAUCUCCACUCUAUAAUAUUAGGUCCUACAAUAUACACAGGUCCACUGUAACACAAACCACAGCAUACCAGUUUACAAAAUAAAUGUAUUAUUUAUGAAACAAAAUAAUUUAGUUAAAUAAAGAUAAUUGCUCAUAAGCUAUACUGUGCAAAAGACUUAGGCCACCACCACCAGACUUGUUGUUUUAGAAGUUUUAAUGUCCAUCCAUAUUUAUUUUUUAAUCUAUUUUAUUAAGAUACAAACAGAAAAUACAUUAAAUAUGUAAAAAAAAACUGGUGGCCUAAGGUGUGGUGUAGUGCCACUCUGUGUUUAAGCGCUGCCGUCUUAUUAUUUUGGUUAACAGCAGCUUAUCUAAUGCUUAAACGUGUGAGCGGGAUGGAUGCGUUUUAUUGCACUGCCAUGACCUCCUCAGGUCUGACCUUGCGCCAGUCUGAUGCCUGAAAAAAAAUCACCAAUAACUGUUCACGUCAAUCUUACAUCAGUUUAAAGAAACCGUAAUAUAUAUUUUAAAAGGAACUUGGGUGGACUCGAGAAUAAGUCUGAUUCCAAAUGUAUUCGAGUACGAGUCGAGACCGAGUCAAAAUGCUCACGAGUCCAUGACAAGACCAAGACCAUUAAAAUAUGGUCUCGAGACCGAGUCCAAGACCGAGUCCGAGUCUCGAGUACUACAACACUGGCAGUGAAGAAAAGUGUAAUCAAGCUGAUUGCAGUUUACAGUUGGGUAUCGGGUGCUUUUCAAUAUGCUUCCUCAUUUCCUCGCUUCUACAGCCUACGACCAGGAAACUGAUCGAGCUCUGCCGUCUUGUAGGAUGCUAAAGUUUUUAAAUUGCACUGUGAGGAGGCACAGAACGAGGAGUCAUGGCAAGGAGACACAAGUGUAUCCUAUGUCGCGUUUGCGAUGUACUGCAUUUUCAAAAAAGUUAUCCUAAGAUGUUUUUUCCAGAGAGACCGGCCCAUGAGACACCUAAUCAGCAGUCCAUUGGUUCUUUUUUAUUUAACAUUUGGUUAGCCCAAUUUGGCUUUUUUAGGGAGCAUGCAGCAUUGUGUGUCUGUAAGAGACGAGGAAGAAGUGUGGGGACCUGCGGUACACUGUAAACCCCAAAGUUGUCCCUACUUAUUAAAUCAAGUUAUCACAACUUGAUAUUACUUAAAAUAACGUUAAUGGGGUCACGCGCUGUAUGCUCUGCAGCGUUUAUGUGUACUUUUUCUUUAAAACAUUAGGCUACUUUAAGUAAUAAUUAGUGUUGUGCCUUUUGAAAAUUGUGUUUCCAUUACCUACAUAACAUCUUUCUCCAACUCAGCUUUGACUUCAAUCCAGAGAUAAAGCGUAAAAACUUAACCAGAGAUGCUGUCCGCACGUAGCGUUGCCAAGUCCUCUGCCUUUUUCCGUUUUAACCAGUUGUUUUUUUCUGCAUGUUAAAUAUAAAUAAAUAUAAAUAAGAUGGGACGACUCUGCAGCCCCUUGACAGUCUGCAUUUGUCUACUAUACCCCAUGGUAAAGUAAUUGAAGGGAAAAUUGUGACAAUCUAUGUUACCUUCCUGAAGCAAUGUGCCUUCUGUUCGGAUUGUUUAUGCUUUACAUCUGAAAUACCCAAAGUCAUUUGAACUUAUUCAGUGCAUUCUACUUUCCAUGGGACAAGAAGACCUGCACCCUAAAAUACAAACCUUGGCAAACCAGCUGUUUGGUUAAAUUGAAUUUAACAGACAGAUUCACAUGUUAAAGAUUGUUAAUAUGUCUUUCUAAAUGUGACCAUUGAAAAUACGAGCUUACUGUAGUGAGCAUGGUUUCUGUUCAAAUUAAAGUGAUAGUUCACUGAGAAAUGAAAAUUCUGUCAUCAUUUACUGACUCUCAUAUUGUUACAAACCUGUAUACAUUUCUUUGUUAUGAAUAAC